AUUUUUCAUAUUUUUUUUUCCUCCUAACUCUCUCUCUCUCUCUCUCUCUCUCUCUGCACAGAGACAAAGGAAAACAAGUAGCGAAGAAAACAAAAAAAAAAAAAACCACUUUGAGAAACCUCUUUCUCUUCCUCUCUCUCUCUCUCUCGCCGUCGAUCGCCUGAACCCUAAUUCGAUCCACCGGAAACCAGAACAACUCCGCCGUGAGAGCAGUAGAUGAGCGUACGAUUGGGGAGCAGUUGAGAGAUCAAACGGGCAGGAUUUCGUCACCGGAUGGAGGGAGGUAGCGUCUCUAGACUUACUUGUUCUGGGAUACACCCAUGGAUUAUGAUGACAAUGAUUUUCAAAGCCAGAAUCUUCAUUUAGCUGGUGAAGGAAGCACCAAAUUUCCACCGGUUUUGCAGCCAUAUGCUCUUCCCAAGUUUGAUUUUGACGACAGCCUUCAGGGGCAUUUAAGGUUUGAUAGCUUGGUUGAAACAGAAGUUUUUCUUGGCAUUGAAAGUAACGAGGAUAACCAGUGGAUUGAAGAUUUCUCUCGGGGGAGUAGUGGGAUAGAGUUCAAUUCAAGUGCAGCUGAAUCUUGCUCUAUAUCAAGGCGUAACAAUGUUUGGUCUGAGGCCACUUCCUCAGAAUCUGUUGAAAUGCUAUUAAAAUCCGUCGGGCAGGAGGAAACUAUUCUCAGACAAACUAUUGUUGAGGAGUCAGAUGCAUGUGAUGAACUUGGUUCCUUAACCAAGCAAAUGGAGCCUAGUCUGAAACAUGAUGAUGACAUUCUUCCUAAAAUAGGGGAUGAUACAGAUUUAAAGUCUACAUUACCACAGGAUGAGAUUCCUGAAAACUUUUCUGUGUUAAAAGAAGAUAUACCAGUUGAGCCUUGUGUUGAAGAUACUUCAAAAACUCAUGAAGAUGAGUUUUCUGUGGAUGGAAGAUCAGGUGAACUGGAUCCAAAUGCUGUCAGUGUAAAGGGUGGCUUACCUAUGAUUGAGGAAGAUCCGUUUGCUGAUAGCAAAUCGGAUGUUGCAGAUAGAAGAGAUAUCAAUCCUUUGGUUGAUGAAUAUGUGGAUCAUAGGACCCAAGAAGAUUUUUCUGCUUCAGGGAUGCAAGUUGAUAAUAUGGUUCCCUGUGCACAAAAUAUCAUUUCAAGUGGUGGUGAGCUGAACGAUGAAGAUCUCCAACAUGAGAUAGAUGAUGUUGGCAAUAUGAAUUUGGAUGGAUUGCAAACAAGAAAUGAUGAGCGAAAGGAAGAAUUUCAUGUACUGAGCAGAGAGGCAGAGAAUUUGGAUGGCAAUGCAGUUGAAAGUGGUACCUUUCAUUUGGAAAACCCUCUUGGCUCAACCUCAAAGGUAGAAUCUGUGGAAGAAGGAAAUGAUAUUGAAAAUCGUAUCAUUAAUGUGGAGGAACCUUCUAGUAUGGUAAACAAGGUUGUUUCUGCCUUGCAUACAGCGGAACAAUGCACACAGGAUGUAGAUUCCAGAAUUCCUGUGGAGACCAGGAAAUGUGAUGCGGUUUUGUUCAAAGACAAAGAGUUUGGUGAACCUUCUAAAGUAAAUACACAUGAGGUCUCACCAAUGGCCUUUGAAGGUGAUACUAAUUUUGAGGGUUAUGCAGUGCAAGUCAGUGGUCCUGAAGCUGGGAUCUCUGCAAGUGUUGAGCCAAAGGUGGAUGCCAUUGUGCAGCUAACAUAUGGACAGGAAAGUGUUGUUGAGAAAGAUAAUUUGUUAGAAAGUAGUCAACAAUUAGAUAAUGAGAUUUUAGUAAGUAAAUCUGAGGCAUCUUUGUCAUCCAAGGAGGAUAAUAAAGUUUCCAAAGUUGAAGAUAAAGAAAACAGUAGUAGUCAUAUGGGAGGUAUUUCUUCUGUGACGGUGUGUUCUUCAGCUGAAUUGCUUAGGGAAGCAUGUGAGACUGGAACUCUGAAAGUUGGUCAGGUUGUUUUUGGAGUGUCUAGGGAGAAUCUGGUUGCUGAAGACCAUGUCUCGUCUUCCAUUCUGGAUGAAUCCACUCAAAUAUGUGAAGCAGAUAAAAUCUAUGGACAAGGUGAUGUUCAUAAAUGUGAUAUAGAUGUUUCGAUUAGUGAUGAGAAGAGCACAAAGUUGCCAUCUGAAUCUAGUAACAUGGAUUGUGUGGUGGAUGGAUCUCUUAUCGUUGAUAAGGGAGCUGGGACCUCAUCUCAUUGUGAAGGUAGUGCUGGAAAUGAGCCCGUUAUACUACUUGAUGUCACUGUUAGCAAUGAAUCAGCAUUAAAUGCUACCUUGGAAAAUGCUAAGGUGGCAUCCUUUGACAUGACUGGUGUUCUCCAGCCUUCUGAGAAUGUUAAGACUAUAGAUGGGGUUGGUGAUUAUAAAGAGGUUAUAACAGUAUCUUCUGUUGGGGGUUUUACUUACUCUGAUAAGGAGUCUACUGCAACCAAAAUAUCUACAGAAGCAAGAUUAUCUACUUUGAAGGAAUCUUCAGAAUUGGAAACUGAGCCAGGUCCUGCUUCUGAAAGUGAAAAAGAUGCAUCUUUUGAUACUGUUGGAAAGCUUUUACAAAAGACAGUUCAUCAAUCGCUGCCAAAGGCAGAUACUUGUAAUGCAGAAAUUCAGAGUGAAGUUCAAACAGUGGUUGUUAAUGAAGUUAACCAGGAAUGCAUUAGGGGGACUGAAGUGCAUGCUGUUAUCUGUGAUGUAGCAGCAAAAGAGGGUGGUGCUGCUGAUGCAGUAACUUUUCUUGAAAAGCGUGAGGAGGCGACUGUAGAAGAGAAUCUUGAAAAGGCAUCCUCAGAAGCUUCAGGUUCCUUAUCUUCUGCUAUUUGUGCAAUGGAAAGUGGAAGUGCUUCUAGCAAUCCUGAUAAACCUACUGGUUCCCCUAAUAUUAUAACUACUACCGAGCUUUCUCAGAGUGAAAAGGAAAAGGAGGGAGUGAGGGCAUUAACAGAGGAAGAAGUUAACAGGUCCACUGAUAAGAAAGCCCCGGUUGCUGAGAUUGAUGAUGUAGAAACUAGCAAUUCUUUGUCAGUUUCUGGGGAUCCAAAAGGAAAGGACAGUUCCAAAGAUGAGCAGAGCUUCUCUUUUGAGAUUGGUUCAUUGGCAGAUUUGUCUAAAAAAGACACUGGAAAGAAUUCACAACCCUUUCCUUCUAUUUCUGCUGGCAAAGUAUUGCCGAUUGUAGAGGGUUCUCCUUCAACUUCUGGUUUAGGCCAAAUGGAUGCCAAGAUAUCACAAGAUAAUUCUACUGGAAGUCCACAAGUAUCUGAAGGACAGAUUACACGUGGUGGUUCAAAAGGUACUCAUGAGCGUAAGACAAGGCGGGCAUCUGGUAAGACGGCAAUUGGAAAGGAAACUCCUAAAAGGGGAAAUCAUGUGAAAGAAACAACUCCUACAAAACAAUCAGAAAGAGGAGAUAAAGCAGCUACUGCAUCCCUGAGCCCAUCUGCAAUUUUCCAGUUUGUGCAAUCCAGGGAAAUGCAGCAUUAUGGGCAUGUAGAAGGCAAUAGUACAAAGCCAAUUUUUGUUAUCACUGCUUCGGCAUCUAGUCUGCCAGAUUUGAAUACUUCAGCUUCACCAUCUACAUUGUUUCAGCAACCUUUCACGGAUUUACAGCAAGUGCAAUUGCGUGCUCAGAUCUUUGUGUAUGGAGCUUUGAUUCAAGGAACAGCACCUGAAGAGGCACAUAUGAUAUCAGCAUUUGGUGGACCUGAUGGUGGAAGGAAUGUUUGGGAGAAUGCCUGGCGUGCAUGCAUGGAAAGGCUACACAGUCAAAAGUCUCAUCCCGUUACCCCUGAAACCCCAUUGCCAUCACGUUCUGGUGCUAGGGCUCCUGAUCAAGCAAGCAAGCAAAGUACACUUCAAAGUAAAGGUGUCUCCUCACCUCUUGGUCGAACCAGCAGCAAGGGUACUCCAACAGUUGUAAAUUCGAUGAUACCUCUUUCAUCACCAUUGUGGAGUAUGCCUAUGCCUUCUGGUGAUGCCUUGCAAUCUAGUGUCAUGCAAAGAGGUUCAGUCAUGGAUUAUCAGCAGACACAUAGUCCAUUGCAUCCUUUUCAGACUCCUCCAGCUAGAAACUUUGUUGGACAUAACACUCCGUGGAUAUCUCAGGGCCCCUUUCGUGGUCCCUGGAUGGCUUCUCCACAAACUUCUGCACCUGAUGCCAGUACUCGUUUACCUAACACAGAAGCAAUUAAGUUGACUCCUGUCAAAGAAUUUUCUGUGCCGCAUUCCUCUGGUAUAAAGCAUCCAGUGGUUCAUAGUGGGGUCCCUACUAGCACUUCCCUGCUUGAUCCAAAAAAGGUAACAGCAUCACCUGGAAAGAAUUCUACAGAUCCGAAGUCUAGAAAAAGAAGAAAAAAUCCAGUUUCUGAGGAUCUUGGUCAGAUUGUUUUGCAGUCUCAAUCUCAACCUGAGCCAGUUUCAACCCCUGCUGUUACUACACAUCUGCCCACUUCUGUUGCCUUUACAAUGCCCACUGGUUUUGCAUCUAAAGCCACUUCAGAAAAAUUUGUUAUAUCUGAAUCUCCUAUAUCAUCCAUGGAUCACCUCCAAAAAAAGGCAGACCAGGAUGUACAGCAGAGGGCUAGUUUGUCAGAGGAAACCCUUAGUAAAGUUAAGGAGGCUAGAUCACAGGCGGAGGAUGCUGCUGUCCUCUCUGCAGCUGCUGUUAGUCACAGCCAAGAAGUUUGGAGUCAAUUGGAAGAGCGAAAAAAUUCUGGAUUGGUGUCAGAUGUUGAAGCUAAAUUAGCUUCUGCAGCUGUUGCAGUAGCAGCCGCUGCUGCUGUUGCAAAGGCAGCAGCUGCAGCAGCCAAGGUCGCAUCAAAUGCUGCACUGCAAGCAAAGUUAAUGGCUGAAGAAGCACUUGUUUUGAAUGGUUAUGGCAAUCCUAGUCAAAGUACUGGAACUUCUCUUCCUGAUAGUAUGAAUAUUUUGGGACAGGCUACUCCUGCAUCCAUUCUGAAGGGUGAUAACAGAACAAACACCUCCAGUUCAAUCAUUAUAGCUGCUAAGGAGGCUGUUAGAAAAAGGGUUGAAGCUGCUUCUGCUGCCACUAAAAGAGCUGAAAAUAUGGAUGCGAUUGUAAAAGCUGCUGAGCUGGCAGCAGAGGCCAUAUCACAAGCUGGAAAGAUUGUUGCAAUGGGUGAUCCUUUGCCGCUGACUGAACUGCUGGAGUUUGGUCCAGAGGGUUAUUGGAAAGUAUCCAGAGAAUCUACUGAGCUUGUUGGGAAAUCAAUUGAGGUAAAUAGAGAACAAUUAAGCAAUGAUAUUGUUGGAGAGGGUCCAGAUACUUCUACAAAGCAUCAAAAAGACGGACCAUCGGUGAAAGAAACUAAGAGUACUACACAUGAGAAGUCACAUCUUCAAACAGAGAUGCCAAAGGAGUCAAUGGUGGAUCAUAUGAGAUUGGUAGAUGGAAUUUCAGCGCCUAUUCCAACUAAUGAAACAGAUUCAAGAGUUCAAAAGGGCCGAAAAGUUUCUGAUUUGGCAAAAACCAUUGGUGUGGUUCCUGAAUCUGAGAUUGGAUCAAGAUCUACUGUUCGGAAUGAGUAUGAAAAGGCAGCAGAAACUUUUAAAGAGGACAGCAUCAAGGAGGGUUCACAUGUAGAGGUUCUUAAAGAUACAGAUGGAUUUAAAGCAGCUUGGUUCACGGCCAAUGUAUUGAGUUUGGAGGAUGGGAAAGCAUAUGUCUGUUACACUGAACUUCAGACAGACAAUGUGGAGGGACAGCUGAAGGAA